CCUUUUUUUUUUGUUUCCUUGAAAAAAGAUCGUUGAUCGAUGACAGAAAAUAGAACCUUAAGCAGAGUAGCUGCCUCAAAGAAGAAAGCAUUAGAAAGAAAAGAACAAACGAUUGCACCUGAAGGAACUGGAUUCUUGAAGCUUGGAGUUCAAGAAUGGAUGAUUGAUACGUUAAAGUCCAUGUCGAUCAAGUUGCCAACCGAGAUUCAGCGAGCCUGUAUACCACCUAUCCUUGAAGGAAAGGAUGUCAUUGGUGGAGCAAAGACAGGUUCUGGUAAGACUGCAGCAUUUGCGAUCCCUAUUUUACAGAAAUUAUCUGAAGAUCCUUAUGGAGUAUUUGCUCUGGUGCUGACACCGACCAGAGAACUUGCAUUUCAGAUUGCAGAGCAGUUCAGAGUACUUGGCAAGGGCAUUGGUGCCAAAGAAUGUGUUGUAGUUGGUGGCAUGGACAUGAUGACACAAGCGAUAGAACUAUCAAAGCGUCCUCAUAUCAUUAUUGCCACACCAGGGCGAUUACGUGAUCAUAUACAUAGUAGUUCAGGAGCAGUAGAUUUAAGAAGAUGUAAAUUUUUAGUAAUGGAUGAAGCUGAUCGUAUGUUGUCUUCUACGUUUGUACCUGAUCUCGAAGUGAUUUUGCCUUUAUUGCCCAAGAAUCGUCAAACACUUUUAUUCACAGCAACAAUGACAGAAUCAAUUUUAGCUCUAAAGGAUGUAGAAGAAGACCCUGCAAAAAAACCAUUUGUUCAUGUCUGCGAUAUGUCUAUAUCAACUGUGAGUACACUAGACCAGUAUUAUGUCUUUGUGCCAUCCCAAGUGAAGAUAGUCUAUCUUGCACACCUGCUACGUACAGACGAUUUGAACGACAAGUCGAUCAUUAUCUUUUGUGGUCGAUGCUCGACAGCAGAACUUAUUACGGUUAUGUUGAAAGAAUUAGGCAUUCGAUGUACAGCUCUUCACUCAGAGAUGAGUCAACAGCAGCGAUUAGACUCCUUAGGCAAGUUUAGAGCCGAAGUCGUAAAGAUUUUGAUUUCAACAGAUGUGGGCAGUCGUGGUUUGGAUAUUCCCUCCGUUGAAUGCGUAUUGAACUAUGACAUUCCAAGAGACCCAACAGAUUAUAUCCAUCGUGUCGGUCGUACUGCCCGUGCAGGCCGAGAUGGUAAAGCAAUUUCUAUUGUAACAGAAAAAGAUAUCCAAUUGAUUCAAAAUAUUGAAGGAAGAACAAACAAGACGAUGGAAAAGUAUGAGGUUGAUGAAGAUGAAGUAUUAGACAUACUGUCAGAAGUGACUGCAGCCAAACGUAUGGCAAGCAUGAAAUUGCACGAUGAAGGCUUUGGUGAAAAAAGUCAUACAAGAAAAAAGAAGAAG